AUGCCGGGGGUCGCCUCUUACCGCUGCCGGGUAAUUUUCAGGUGGUGGAAAAUCUCACUUAGGAAUGAAUUUCGUGAAUCAAGACCUGGAGAAAUUAAAGAAUCCCGGGAGGAUUUUUUGGAUGAUUCAUCUCUUCACAUUCAGAUUGCUAUAGUAUUUGGUGCCAAAGUUCUGGAACAUGUCCUCAGUCUGUGCCGACGUAACUGUGACUUCCUGGAACGGCUUCCUGUCCCAUUGCUCCUGUACAUCAUUUCCUUUCUGGAGCUUGAAGGUAUUACCAGGCUUUCUCAAGUUUCACACGGAUUUGAAAUGAUAUGUAACAGUAACGCGCUAUGGGAAAAUAUUGUGGAGAACUUGUGUGACACAAUUACACCUGAAAUCAAAGAACUUGCACAGGAAAUGGGAUGGAAAAAAUUCUUCUUUACAAACAGACUUCAGUUACAGCUGCAGCUCCGAAGGAGGAGGCAGAAACAAGAUGCUCAGAACAAAAAACUAACUGAAUAA